GAGAAAAACCUAAAUUGAAAUUUGAACCAAUGGAAAGACCAGAAAAAAAUGUACGAUCCACACCUUGCUAUAAUAUACUUAAUGUCAGCUCAUAGCAGAUACAUUUGCAAGCAGGUUCCUUAAAAAUUAUAGUCUCGUCAUGAAGUUCUUGGGAACCAAAUAGUUACCUCGUCACUUCUCUCUCACAGGCGCUCUCUUCUUCCGAGGAUUUCUGUGAAAACCCUAAAAUUAUUUUCGACGGAAGAGAAGAAAAGAGGAAUGCAGCGCGGUGGGCGUUUUGACGGCUAUUAUUAAACUUUUUUUCUUAUCGCAGAUUCUUUCUAAGGAUUUUGAUACCCAGAAGGGACAUCUGCUAUAUACUUACCGUAUAGCGAACUUGGUUUUAAAGAAUCUGUAAUAUUUGGCGAAUUUGGGAGUCUGGAGAUGAUGGAACAAGUGCCUGCAAAGAGGGGCCGAGGAAGGCCUCCGAAGACGCCGAAGAGAGGUCCAGGAAGGCCUCCAAAGAAAGAUAAAAUUGGACAGGUAGUUAAGGGCAGCUCCCCUUCAAACACCCCUGAAUUUGAGAAAGCUAACGGUACCGGCAAGAACAAUUCUGUAGAAGAUUUUCCCAACGGCAAUAUUGAUAUUGUAGUUAGUGUUAAACGUCCUGGAAGGGGAAGACCAAAGAAGCACCCCCUGGAUUUGAAUUCUCCGUCAAGUUUGAAUAAAGUCGAGAAUGCAGAAGCCAACGGCUUGAAGAGAAUGAAGAGCGAACGGCUUCGGCUUCGGGAUAUGUCGCCUACAAGGAGAAGUGGAAGGUAUUUUGAGAGCUUAUCACCGACUCAUAAUACCAUUCUUCCUGUUUUGGGUGAUGUUUUAAGGCAGAAUGUUACUGCCGAGGUAACUGAGGAUGUCAAAGGUUCGCCCUCAAUGAAUGCAGUAGUCAAAGUUUUUUGCGUGCACACAGAACCUAAUUUUUCACUUCCAUGGCAACGCAAGCGUCAGUUCAGCUCAAAUAGCAGCGGAUUUAUCAUUGAUGGUCGCAGAGUACUUACUAAUGCUCACUCUGUAGAGCACCAUACACAGGUGAAACUGAAGAAGAGGGGAUCGGAUACGAAAUAUCUGGCUACUGUGCUUGCGAUAGGGACCGAGUGUGACAUUGCAUUAUUAACUGUGAAUGAUGAGGAAUUUUGGGAAGAUGUGACUCCUGUGCAAUUUGGAGCUCUGCCAUCUUUGCAGGAUGCUGUCACUGUCGUAGGUUAUCCAAUUGGCGGUGAUACAAUUUCUGUGACCAGUGGAGUCGUGUCACGCAUUGAAGUUCUUUCAUAUGUACAUGGAUCCACAGAACUACUAGGAGUGCAGAUUGAUGCUGCUAUAAAUGCUGGAAAUUCUGGUGGACCUGCUUUCAAUGGUAAGGGCCAGUGUGUGGGAAUAGCAUUCCAGUCUCUCAAACAUGAAGAUGCAGAAAAUAUUGGAUAUGUUAUACCAACUCCUGUUAUAGAACAUUUCAUCUCUGAUUAUGAGCGUUCAGGAGAUUACACAGGAUUUCCAAUUCUUGGAAUAGAAUGGCAGAAAAUGGAGAAUCCUGAUUUGCGUCUUGCAAUGGGAAUGAAUUUUCACCAGAAGGGUGUUCGUGUAAGAAGAGUAGAGCCAACAGCUCCAGCAUUUACAUUCUUGAAGCCAUCUGAUAUACUCCUCAGUUUUGAUGGAAUUGAUAUUGCUAAUGAUGGAACGGUCCCUUUCAGGCGUGGUGAGCGUAUUGGUUUUAGUUACCUUGUUUCACAGAAGUACACUGGAGAGCAGGCUAAAGUUGUAGUUCUUCGUGCUUCAAAGUAUUUUGAAUAUGACAUUGAGCUUUCCACACAUAAACGUUUAGUUCCUGCACAUAUCAAGGGCAAGCCCCCAUCUUAUUACAUUAUCGCCGGCUUUGUAUUUUCAACCGUUUCUGUCCCUUAUCUUCGUUCUGAGGUAUGUUAUGGGAAGUAUGGGAAGGAUUAUGACUACGAUGCACCAGUGAAGCUGUUGGACAAGCUUUUACAUUCAAUGGCUCAAACAGAAGAUGAACAGUUGGUGGUGCUUUCUCAGGUGCUUGUGGCAGACAUAAAUAUUGGUUAUGAGGAUAUUGUCAAUACUCAGGUAUUGGCUUUCAAUGGAGUGCAAGUAAGGAAUCUGAGGCACCUUGCAGAAAUGGUAGAAAGUUGUGACGAUGAAUUUCUGCAAUUUUCCCUUGACUAUCAGCAGAUUGUUGUUUUGGGAACAAAAGCAGCCAAGGCAGCAACACUGGAUAUUCUUUCAACGCAUUGCAUACCUUGUGCCAUGUCUGACGAUUUGAAAUCAUGAAAACAGUUUCCGGAGUUGAAUAUCCUUGCAUUCCUGUGAACCUUUUAUAUUAGGUUAUAGCAAAGUGGCUUUCAUAACCUUAUCUUUGCAUUUUGGUCAUCAACAAAGCUACAGAUUGUAAUAGUAGGCCAUACUCCACAGUCAGAUCAAAAUUAUCUCUGUUGAAACUUGAAAGUUUGAAGUGCCAUAGAGAAGAAGUCAUGAUGCAGAUGGAUGUCCUUUGUGUUGGAUUACUCUGCUCAAAAUUCAAGUAGAUUUUCUGGAAGGCUUUUUGAUGGCCAUAGAUAAGCAGCAGCUCUGUGACAAUUAUAGUUUUAUUAAGUUUUGUUUAUUACAAAAGGAAUUCCUCUCUCAAAUUUGUCUUCUUCAGCUCUUAUCGGGUAGAACAGAAAUCAACAAAAUCUCAGUAAGUAGAAACGCUUCUUAGUAUCAUAAUUAUUCUAUCGUUGACAUUCUCGGACAAAGAUUACAGUUUGCUUGAAGAGCGGUGAGAGGAUUGACAUCAAUAUGGAUAUAUGGACCAUUCUAGCUUUUUUGUCUUAUAUAUAUAGUAUUUAACUUAUUAUCUCUUUUA